CCACUAGCACUCGUAUAUCACUGUGAAUAUUCAUACUUGAGUGUUUAUUAUUAUCCGAUUCCAUUUCUCAGUCAGAAAGGUUAGUUACUUAGUUAGUUACCGAUGGCAACGGCAUCAACCUCCACCGCCGCCGCCACCGCCACCACCACUUCAAAGACCCGAAGCUACUGGCGGUGGAGCAAGCAAGAUUUUUUCCCGGAACCGUCAUUCCAAACAGGGGAAACCUACCGGAGCGCCUUGGCAAGUACAUGUCCGCGACUGAAGGACCGUCUCCUGAACCGGUCAACGGAUUCAAACGAACUUCUAGUCCUUCCAAAAGCCAGCGAGAAUCGCAUGCCUCGUUGCCUCACUUGGUGGGACCUAACCUGGUUGGCCUUUGGAGCAGUCGUCGGUUCCGGCAUAUUCGUCGUCACAGGUCAAGAAGCUCAAAUUCAUGCCGGUCCCGCCAUUGUCCUCUCUUACGCCGCGUCUGGCUUCUCCGCUCUACUCUCCGCGUUCAUCUACGCUGAAUUCGCCGUCGAAGUUCCCGUCGCCGGUGGGUCAUUUUCCUUCCUCCGAAUUGAACUUGGAGACUUCAUCGCUUUCAUUGCCGCCGGUAACAUUCUUCUUGAAGCACUCGUCGGCGCCGCCGGUCUCGGCCGUUCAUGGUCCUCUUACUUCGCCACAAUGGUAAAAAACGAUUCGGAUUAUUUCCGGAUCCGAGUCGACUCGUUGAAAACCGGUUUCAACAUGCUGGAUCCGUUAGCCGUUGCGGUUCUAUUAAUCACUAAUGGAAUCGCCGUUAGUGGAACUAGAAAAACGUCAAUCUUAAACUGGCUUAGUUCAAUUGUGACAACUCUUGUUAUAGCUUUCAUUAUAGUAGUCGGUUUUAUUCACGGAAAAUCGUCAAACUUAACGCCGUUUUUACCUUACGGCGUUAAAGGCGUUUUCAAUGCCGCUGCUGUUGUUUAUUGGUCUUACACAGGUUUUGAUAUGGUUGCAACUAUGGCUGAAGAAACUAAAAAACCUUCUAGAGAUAUACCUAUUGGUUUAAUUGGUUCCAUGUCAAUUAUUACAGUUAUUUAUUGUUUAAUGGCAUUUGCGCUUGUGUCAAUGGUUAAGUACACCGAGAUUGAUGCUGAAGCUGCUUAUUCAGUUGCUUUUGUUCAAAUUGGUAUGAAAUGGGGUAAAUAUUUAGUGAGUAUUUGUGCUUUGAAAGGAAUGACAACAAGUUUACUUGUUGGGUCAAUGGGACAAGCUAGGUACACAACUCAAAUUGCAAGGUCACAUAUGAUUCCACCUUUUUUCGCACUUAUUCAUCCUAAAACUGGAACACCAAUUAAUGCUACACUUUUGACCACUUUGUCAAGUUGUAUUGUUGCUCUCUUUACUAGUUUGGAUGUGCUGUCUAGUGUUUUUUCUGUUAGUACUCUUUUCAUUUUUAUGCUUAUGGCUGUUGCGUUGCUAGUCAGGAGAUAUCAUGUGAGGGAAGCAACGGAUAACAAGGAUUUUUGGAAGGUUCUUUUGUGUUUGUUUGUUGCUAUUGCUUCUUGUGUUGUUGGGACUGCGCUUUGGAAUUCGGGUUCGGCAGGUUGGAUUGGAUAUACUGUGGCUGCUUGCGUUUGGUUUUUGGCGACUUUGGUGAUGAGUUUGCUUCCAAAGAUGAGGCAACCCAAGGUUUGGGGGGUUCCGCUGGUUCCAUGGGUGCCUUCUUUGUCGAUUGCCACAAACCUUUUUCUUAUGGGGUCAUUGGGUGCUGAUGCUUUCUAUAGAUUCUUUAUUUGUACUAGUGUAAUGCUUGUGUAUUAUUUGUUGGUUGGUGUUCAUGCUACUUAUGAUGUGGAUCAUGGAAUUGGUCAAGAAUCAAGCCAUGGUGAGGGAAUGGAAACUGCCAUUUAAGGGGAUUAGCAUGUUUCUAAGUUCCAUCUAUUGAGAUGUUGUGGAUUCUUUGAUGUUGUGUUAGGAAUAGUUUAGCCUUAUAUAUUAUUUGUUGUUGCGGAAUCAAGAAGAGUUCAGUCUUUUUGGUAAUUGGAAAGCAACUCUCUGGAGUCAUGGCCAAAUGUAAAUCACAACUUGCCCUUAGUAUAAUAAAAUUAUUGCUUUUUAUUUAUUA